CAUGUAUCAAAAGCACCAUCUAGCGGAGGUAGGCUUGUAGUUAUUGAUCUUCAAGCUCCCUGCUUCUGUGCCCACUAUUCUGCUGUCGACGUUUUACUCUUUAAGUGAAAGCAACUCAACGAAGACUUGCUUGUUUUUGAGGCUGUCACAUGCGGAACCUUCGACGAGGGGGAAGUUAAACGGUCGGACGCAAAGAUGGACGAUGUACCAGCAAACGCCAACGAGCAGUGUCCAGGUACAAGGAGUGAGCAAGCAGGGAAGACGUCAUCAUGUCAGGGCUGCCCUAACCAAAAAUUGUGUGCUUCUGGAGCUACCAAGACCCCAGACCCUGCCAUUCAAGAAAUAGGAUUAAAACUGUCCACGGUCAAACACAAGAUCCUCGUACUAUCUGGGAAAGGAGGAGUGGGAAAGAGUACGUUCAGUGCUCACCUGGCCCAUGCCUUGGCAAGUGAUGAGACCAAGGAGGUUGCCCUACUGGAUGUAGAUAUCUGUGGUCCGUCGAUUCCUAGAAUCAUGGGGUUGGAGGGAGAACAAGUACAUCAGAGCGGGUCAGGCUGGUCCCCUGUGCAAAGCUAUGCGUGUCCUCCUUGGCUCAUGCUUCAGUAUGUGGAGGACAACCUCGCUGUCAUGUCUAUUGGCUUCCUGCUCGGUAGUCCUGAUGAUGCUGUAAUCUGGAGAGGCCCCAAGAAAAACGGAAUGAUCAAGCAGUUUUUGAGGGAUGUGGAUUGGGGGGAACUGGAUUAUCUGAUUAUUGACACGCCGCCUGGCACAUCUGACGAGCACCUGUCGAUUGUGCAGUACCUAAGCUCCACCCACGUGGAUGGAGCAGUCCUCAUCACGACACCUCAGGAGGUGUCUUUGCAAGAUGUUCGAAAGGAGAUCCGCUUCUGCCAGAAGGUCAAACUGCCAAUCAUCGGUGUGGUGGAAAACAUGAGUGGCUUUGUGUGUCCAAAUUGUAAGAACACAUCACAGAUCUUCCCUCCCACCAGCGGGGGCGCCGAGACAAUGUGUGCAAACCUGAAUCUGCCCUUGCUGGGCAAAGUGCCUCUCGACCCAAGGAUAGCAAAAAGCUGCGACGAGGGCAGGUCUUUCCUCAACGCAAUACCGGACUCUCCCGCUGCUGAAGUCUACAAGAGAAUUGUACAGAGCAUCAAGGAAUACUGUUCCAUCCAUGACGAGCAGAACACUGUCUGAAGAAGCUUUUUUUUUAUGGCAGUCCUGUUGGAUUAAAGCUAAGACUCUAAAAGCCACCCAACGAAUUUUUGCUGUUAUAAAAAAAAUAUAUGGCUUGUCAUUCACAGAAUGGUAACAUGAAUUCUGAAAAACAAUCUGUUAAUCACAUUAUUUGAAAAAAUCAUUUUAAUAAUGUGAUUUGGAAAAAUCAGUUCCACUUUGUAAUACAGGAGUAGGCAGGAAAGAGAAUAAAUGUAUGUUGUGUGAA